AUGGCGUUUCAAAGCGAUGGCAUCAAUCGUCAAUUUGUUCCUACAGGCAGAUCUAACAUUCUCGAUCUGGCUGUAGUCUCGGACACAUGCAACAUCAUUCGCGUCCGCCCGCACCGCGCUAUCACAACGACCUAUCAGUGGUCAGAAGAUGCAAGACGGAGUCGGAUCUCGUCCGCGCACAUCCCUGUUGUGGACGCUACCGCUUUUGGCUUAUAUGGUGGCUACGCGGUAGUCUCACGAGAAGGGCCUGGCUCUUCUGUUCAACUGUGGAGAGAAGCGCGCCACACGUACGAGAAGGUUGGCGAUCUUGACCUGGCCAUACACCUGGAGACACCUUGCUCAAUACGCUUGCGAUUCCCUACAUGCGUUGGAGUCUCGAAGAACCGACAAUUUGCGCAUGUGCACAGACUCUACAAGUUCACCACCUGGAACGCCCUUACGCGGGAGACCAGGUCGACGCACCGUAUCCCCAAAGCGCUUGAGCGCAUACUGGAUGUAGAUUUUGCUGCAGAAAAGGGCAUCAUUUUCGUUGUGUCCACAAAAGGCAGCUUGGUACUGUCAAAUGAUGCGGAGAUCUUGCUCGAUAUGAUCUGUCACCCUUGGCGAUUUAUCGACAUCGACUUGAGGUCCGCACCUUCUCUUUUGGAUGGCUGCGCUCUGCGAUCUUCUCAAAUCUAUGUGGCGACCGCAUUCAUCGCUGAUCAAUCUCCAGGGAUACGUCACACGCCCGUCACAGUGAGGUGGCGCUCGGCUGAGGAGGCAUGCUUCCAACCGGCAUAUUCAGCCCGCAAGUGAGGCGAGGACUGUGUUGAUACCGCUUGGUUGGAUCAAGCGAGACCGCUGACAGGGGAGUGCUAUGCUAUCAAUCACACUUCCUUCUCUAUGACAGCUCCUUGUUCUCGUAUCUGACGCAAUACCUUGUAAGUCCAAAAAGGUCUUUUCGUGUAUAAAGCUCAAAGGCUGAAGCGGAUCUUGAAAGGGGCCCGCCUCUGGUGACGUGCAAGAGCCUCUUGGCGUCUAUGUAGAUAUUGCAACGGACACGCUUGUUCAGCCGUUCUGCUGGGGCUUGAUGCUACUUCGGCCUUACUCAGAAGUCAGGCCAGAGGGGAAUCAUGAACUCUUGCGCAUUGGAAUACUGCACUACCACAUGCCACCACCAGCAAAGUCAAGCUUUGUGAAUCACAAGUCUAUGAGCAUGUCGGACAGUCGAGUGCUUCAAGCCAUGACACAAAGUCCGGCAAAGCACCACGACCACACACACCUUUUGAUCGUCGAUCUGAAAGCGCAUCGACUAGAUCCAGCUUGGCGACCGGAAAAGCACGUCUUCGAGGACGUCAAGGUGUGGCACUUGGAAAAUUCCAGAGGCGGAGAGGUUGAAGGUGAUGAGUUGGUCGAUACUUGCAUUGACGCGACCACGGUAUACACCAGUCGCAAGCUCUCGCCAGUGCAGUACAUUGACUUUGACUUUGGUGUUGCAGCAAAGAACUGCAAAUAG